CAUCUCCCUCACCCCAACCGACCUUCCAGAAUCACUGGCUUCCCGCCUGAUUCGGCUUGGCUUGCAUUCAAACCCUAAUGCCAACCAAAGCGGAGGAGUGACAUUCUAGUUUCUCUAGCUCAUACCAGUCAGUCCUACUAGCAGUUUCUUCUCCCUUUUAGUUUCUCACGCCGCUCUAGUCCUUUUACCGCCAUGGAGGCUGCUCAUGCCGUCGACGCGCAGCUUAUGAAGAAUCAAGGCCAUGACGUGGAGGCGGGCCCGUCGUCCGAUCUGCUGUAUCCAGGAAUCACGUUGUCCGAGAAUGAGAUGCGAUGGGGAUUCAUCCGAAAGGUGUACGGCAUCAUCGGUGCACAACUCCUCCUCACCGCAGCCGUCGGAUCGUGCUUCGCUCUCAUCCCGUCUGUCCGCGAGUUCGGUCUGACCAAUGGCUACUUCAUGUUCUCCGCGACCAUUCUGCCCUUCGUCACUCUCAUUCCUCUCUUCAUCUAUCGCUCUCGUCACCCUCUCAACCUUGCCCUGCUCGCAAUUUGGACGGCGUCGAUGAGCAUGACGGUCGGCCUCAUCUGCAGCAUGUACAGCGGGCCCAUAGUAGCGGAGGCCCUAGGCCUGACGGCGUCCGUGGUGCUGGGGCUCACCGCGUACACCUACUAUGCCGUCAAAAAGGGACAGGCGUUCAGCUACUUGGGUCCCAUGCUGUACGUCAGCCUCUGGCUGCUGCUCGGCUGGUCUUUCAUCCAAAUCUUCUGGGGCCUUGGCAGCGAGUUCGCGCUGGCUCUGGUGGGCGCUCUCAUCUUCGCCCUCUUCAUUGUCUAUGACACUGACCUCAUCAUCAGGCGGUACUCAUACGAUGAGUAUGUGAUGGCGAGCCUCAACAUCUAUCUUGACAUCAUCAAUCUCUUCAUUCGCAUGCUCGAGAUCCUGCAGUACCUGCAAGGCAACAAUUGACAAGCUUGAGGGCCAGGUCGGUCCUUUAAACUUGUACAACACUGUUGUGUUUGGAUGGUGUGAGAUUCAGAAUUAUUGUAUAUUUGUUACGUCAUAUGUAGUGGUAGCAUGCUCUUACAUUGGUUGUUUAGGGUAUGAAAAUUCACAUCGAGUUGGCCUGGUGGAGAUAGUAAUACUGGUGUGCAACAUUGUAGAAACUGUACCUUCAAUUCAGCGCACGCGAUGAACCAUUGUGGCGUGGCCAGG